AUGACCACCUCAAAAUGUUUGGCAGAUGAAUUAGCACGAAGAUUACGUGAUGUUACUGAACGAAAUGUAGCAGUAGACGCAGUUCCGGGGGAAGGGGAGGAGGAAGACGACGUAGUUAAAUUUGAAAAAGAUGUGGAUAACGCUGAUAUCGCGGUAGAAGGGAGAUCUUCCCCUCGACUAAAAGGUACCGGCACACCACAAAGAGGACAGGUAGGAACCCUUACUCCAUCUUCGGAAGGUGGUAAAUUGUUACAAGAAUGUUGUUUGGGUUUGGAAUGUUCGGAGCAAUAA